AUGACAGGAAUCAGCCCAGACGUGAUCACCCACAAGCUCAACGUCGACCCCAGCUUCAGACCGGUAAAACAGAAACGACGUAAGUUCGCUCCCGAAAGGAAUAAAAUCAUAGACGAAGAAGUCCAAAACUUGAUAGAUUCAGGGAAGAUCAGAGAGGUCAAAUAUCCAGACUGGUUAGCAAACGUCGUCGUCGUCAGUGCGACAUACCAAAGAUUAGUCAACAAGAUGUUUAAAGACCAACUCGGAGACACAAUGGAAGUAUACAUUGACGACAUGCUGGUGAAAUCGAGGAAGGCUGACGAUCACGUGGAACACUUACGACAAUCCUUCGACAUACUAAAAAAGUACGGUAUGAAACUUAACCCGACUAAAUGUUCUUUCGGAGUGUCCGCAGGAAAAUUCUUAGGUUACAUCGUCACCCAACGAGGAAUCGAGGCCAGUCCCGACCAAGUGCGAGCGAUCAUCAACAUUCAAUCCCCCAGGAACAUAAAAGAGGUACAGCGCUUGACAGGAAGAGUGGCGGCACUAAACCGUUUUAUAUCACGGUCGUCGGACAAGUGUCGAUUAUUUUACGACGUAUUGCGCAAAAACAAGGGGUUUAACUGGUCCGACGACCACGAAGCAGCCUUGCAAAACCUCAAAAAAUACAUGAUGUCGCCACCCCUCCUAUCCAAGCCAAAAGAAGGAGAAGUCUUACAACUCUAUUUAGCCGUUAGCUCGACGGCCGUCAGCGCGGUCCUAGCUCGAGAAGACAAAGCACAACAACUACCCAUUUAUUACAUCAGUAAGUCACUACUGGAAGCAGAGACCAGGUAUUCCUCCCUAGAAAAACUCGUUUUAGCACUCGUUACCGCAGCCAAAAAACUAAGGCAUUAUUUUGAAACUCACCAAAUAGUGGUGAUGACUAACUAUCCAAUCAAGUCUGUGAUGCGUAGGCCAGAACUGACAGGUCGAAUGGAGAAGUGGACAAUGGCACUAGGAAGGUUCGACAUCAAGUAUCAACCAAGGACGGCUGUAAAAUCGCAGGCCCUAGCAGAUUUUGUGGCAGACUUCAGCCCCGACUUAGAGAGAAUAGCAGACGACGAAGUCAAACUCAUCAACAACAUAGAAGGAAUAUGGACACUCUUCGUCGACGGCUCAUCUAACUUUCGUGGUGCAGGUUUAGGCGUCGUACUGAAGUCACCACAAGGGGACAUGAUAGCACAGGCAAUCUGCUGCGAUUUCAAGGCAACUAACAACGAAGCAGAAUACGAGGCGCUAAUCGCCGGAAUGAAAUUAGCUAUGGAAUUAGGGGCAAGCGGACUCAACAUCUUCAGCGACUCACAACUAAUCGUCAACCAGAUUAACGGCGACUACGAAGCUAAAGACUUAAAAAUGACCUUGUAUCUCGAGAAAGCAAAAGAAUUAACUUCCAAAUUCAAACCCUUCUCCAUCAAACAAGUCCCAAGAGACCUAAACACACAAGCCGACGCCCUUGCCAACCUAGGAUCCGCACUCAGAAAAUCACCAUUCUCGACCAUACCUCUAGUACACCUACUGUCACCCGCCGUCGAAAAAGACAUACCACAAGACGCCAGCCUCGUCCUAUCAACCUUAAACACAGACAGUUGGACCAAACCCAUCUUCGAUUACCUAAAGCACGAAACUCUACCCGACGACAAGCUAGAAGCCAGAAAGAUACUUUUCAAAGCUUCACGAUAUGUUAUUUUGCAGGACGUACUGUUUAAGCGAUCAGCAAACGGAAUGUUGAUGCGAUGUGCCGAAGAAAUCGAAUGGGAAAUACUAUUGAAACAAUACCAUGAAGGAGAAUGCGGAGGACACGAAGGAGGACGAAGCUUAUCAACCAGAAUCAAAAGAAAUGGAUACUAUUGGCCAGCAAUGCUUAAGGACGCCAUGAGGUACGUAUCCAAGUGCGACAAGUGCCAACGACACGCAGGUAUGACGCAUAAACCAUCUGAAUUCUUGCACCCAACCCUAACCCCGUGGCCUUUCAUGAAAUGGGGGAUGGACAUCGUUGGCAAACUGCCCGUCGCCCCAGGACAAAAGGUCUUCAUGUUAGCCCUAACAGAUUAUUUUUCCAAGUGGAUAGAAGCAGGUGCAUUCCAACAAGUAAGGGACAAAGAGCGACAAGACAAGAGCUUUCUACAAAACAUGGAACAUCGAGCUAAAGACGUCGACACCCAGAUAUCCCCAAGCAAACGGACAGGCGGAAUCCAGCAACAAAACGAUCAUCGCGUCGCUGAAAAAGCGGUUGGACGAUAA